AUGCCAACACGAUUAAUGUUUACAAUAAUAAUAAUUUUGGGAGGAUUAAUUGUCUGGGAUGCGAAACCUUCAUUUAAAGUUGGAUAUUUGAUACUUACCGAAAUGUGGUUGAAUCAAACCAUACAAUUUCCGAAUAAUUAUCCAAUAGAAUUUGAUGUCAUAGAAAGUACAUUUAAUCAAGAUGUAAUUUAUACUUGCGAACGUGGUCCAAAUGAUCAGCGGUAA